AUGGCGCCCAGCUUCGGCCGCUCCAUCUCAUUCCCGCUCAGCCCGGCGCGCGCCUCCCGGCCACGCGCCGCCGCCUACCACGUCCGCUCCGUCUCCCUCCCAUGCAGCUCCCACCCGCUCCUCGCCCACCUCUGCAGCCACAUCACCGCCGUCCGCUCCUGGGUCGCCGCACCCUCCUCACCAUCCACAGGCCUCGCCCACCUCGACGCGCUCCACGCCGCUCUGGCAGAGCUCCUGCUCCUCCCCGAAGCCCGCGCCGCGCUACACCACGGAUCCGCCACCGCAACCUGUCUUCUCGACGGCUUCCUGCUCCUCGCCGACGCGCACGGCGCGUUCCAGGAGACUGUCGUCGAGCUCCGGGCGCACGCGUCCGACGCGCAGACCGCGCUCCGGCGCCGCGACGACGCCAGGCUCGCCUCGGCCGUGCGCUCACUCCGCCGCGCCGAGAAGGAUCUCGCGCGCCUCGCUGCCUCCGUACUAGCCGCCGCCAAGUUCCCGACGAUGCCGUCCGCAUCCAGCAGUUCGGCAGAGGUGGAGGUGUCCGGGGCACUGGCCGAGGCCGUGGCCGCCGCGGCGUGCGCGUCCGCGGCAGUUUUCUCGGCUGUCGAGGCCGUGUCCGCAGUAGCCACGAGCGCGCUGGCAUCCAAGAAGACCAUGACAUCUUCGUUGAUGUCUCUCGUCAAGAGCGCCAAGCCCGCCUCCGACGACGAGAAGGAGGUGGUGGCGUUGGAGAGUCUUGACGAGGUGGAGGCGUGCGUCGCCGGGAUUGAGAGCAGGAGCGACAAGGUGUUCAGGAGCAUCCUGCACACCAGGGUCACGCUGCUCAACAUCCAGACUGAGACGGACGCGGCUUUUCUAGCGGAGCCGGAUACAUAUACAAGAUACGUACUGUAUAAAAUACAUGAGCUGUCCAGCACUUCCGAUAAUAUCAAGGCAGAACCGCACAGCGCCACAGCCCCCGACGGCACGCGAGUUGACGGCGAGAGCGCGGGCCUGCUGACGGACAGCGGCGAGAGUGGGAGAAGGAGCUCCGCGGCGGACAGGGUCGCGCAGAAGCACGAGGCGGCGCACAUCGGCCGCCGGCAGCAUCAGGUUGCGCGCGGCCGCGGCACCGUUCAAGAAGCUUUCUCGAGCCGCAGCUGCUCGAACACCCUUUCCCGGUAG